GAACCAGCACGGUGGGGAGGCAGCAGUCAUGCCAAGAGCUGUGGGGGGAGCAGGAUGGCACUGAGGGACAAGUAGUGAGCUGCUCGGGCUGGGGUGGCUGUCCACUGACAGAGACCUCUCUCGGCCAGCCCAAGUUCUCCCUGUGCCUUGGAACAAGCUUGUCCUCUCGCAUCUUCCCUGUUAUGAAAUGAGAUGCUAAUUUUUCUCCUGGGGUGUGUGCAUUUAGAGGCAUUUUGUUUGGCUUCCACCAAUUAAGUAUGAAAAUGAAAAUGUCCUGAAGGGAGGGAGAGAUGCCAAGAGAGGAUGGAUAAGAGAAGCCUCAGUCCCGCUGUCCCUGACACACCAUGACCUCUGGAGUCCUGUUUCUUCAUUCUGGUUUAAUAUUAACCCGGCAGGGCUGUGACUCCGCUUAUUCUGCUCCCUUUGCAUUUCCUCCGCAGCCAGGGCUGUACAGCAUGGCGCACAGCAAAACCAGCAUACUGCAGGGCCUGCUCCUUUCCAGCCUUCUGCACCUCACCUUGAGCCACGAUGGAGUUUUCCUGGAAAAGGGGCAGGCACUGUCAUUGCUCAAGCGCCCACGACGUGCCAACAAGGGAUUUCUCGAAGAGAUGCUUAAAGGAAACCUGGAGCGAGAGUGCCUGGAGGAGAUAUGCAGUUACGAGGAGGCCUUCGAAGCCCUCGAAUCCACCGUUGACACGGAUGCAUUUUGGCCAAAAUACCAAGUAUGUCAGGGCAUGAGAAAGACCAGGACAGCUUUGGAUGCUUGUUUAGAAGGUAAUUGCUCUGUUGGUCUCGGCCAGAACUAUCAGGGGACCAUUAGUUACACCAAAUCAGGGAUUGAAUGUCAAGUGUGGACAAGCAAAUACCCACAUAUACCUAAAUUUAAUGCCACCAUCUAUCCCACCCUCAUUGAGAACUACUGCAGGAACCCAGACGACAACUCCGAAGGCCCAUGGUGCUACACCCGAGACCCAACGGUAGAACGGGAGGAAUGUCCCAUUCCAGUGUGCGGUCAAGACAGGACAACGGUUGAGUUUACUCCACGGGUCACAACACAAGCCCCAGUGCAGGCCUGUGAACCAGAGAAAGGCAUGCUUUACACAGGGACCCUCUCAGUCACUGUGUCUGGGGCUAAGUGCCUGCCGUGGGACUCAGAGAAGGCCAAGGUAUUGCUCCAAAACAAAAACAUCGCCCCAGAGGUGAAGCUGCUGGAGAAUUACUGUCGGAACCCUGAUGCAGAUGAAGAGGGUGUCUGGUGUGUAACAGAUGAACCAUCCAACUUUGAAUAUUGUGACCUGCACUACUGCGACAGCUCGCUAGAGGAUGAGAAUGAACAGCUGGAGGAAAGAGGAGGACGUACCCUCCUUCCUCAAGAGUUCCAAACCUUCUUUGACGAUGAAACUUUUGGUGCAGGCGAAGCAGAUUGUGGCACUCGUCCUUUAUUUGAGAAGAAAAAGUUAACAGACAAAAGUGAGAAGGAGCUGCUGGAGUCAUAUAUGGGAGGCAGAGUUGUGCAUGGGGAUGAUGCAGAACUAGGAAGUUCCCCCUGGCAGGUGAUGCUCUACAAAAAGAGUCCUCAAGAGCUCCUGUGUGGUGCCAGCCUCAUCAGUAGUAACUGGGUCUUGACUGCUGCUCAUUGUCUUUUUUAUCCACCCUGGGACAAGAACUUAACUACAAAUGACAUCUUGGUGCGGAUUGGCAAACAUUUCAGGGCAAAAUAUGAAAAGAACAAGGAGAAAAUUGCUCUAUUGGAUAAAAUCAUCAUCCAUCCCAAGUACAACUGGAAAGAGAACAUGGACCGAGACAUUGCACUCCUGCACCUGAAGAGACCCAUCGCCUUCAGUGACUACAUCCAUCCUGUCUGCCUGCCUACCAAAGAGGUCGUGCAAAGGCUGAUGCUGGCAGGUUAUAAAGGGCGGGUAACUGGCUGGGGGAAUCUGAAAGAAACAUGGGCCACUAGCCCAAGCAACCUCCCCACAGUCCUGCAACAGCUCAAUGUACCCAUUGUAGACCAAGAUACCUGCAAGGCAUCCACCAGAGUUAAAGUCACUGACAACAUGUUCUGUGCAGGUUACAGUCCUGAAGACUCAAAGAGAGGAGAUGCCUGUGAAGGGGACAGUGGGGGACCUUUUGUAAUGAAGAACCCGGAUGACAACCGCUGGUAUCAAGUGGGGAUAGUUUCAUGGGGAGAAGGCUGUGACCGAGAUGGCAAAUAUGGAUUUUAUACCCACGUAUUCCGUCUGAAAAAGUGGAUGCGAAAAGCCAUUGAAAAACAAGGGGGAUAGAAGAAGCGUUUCCCUUGCUUGUUCUCAGUUUUGCUACAGUAUUCCAGGUCUUGAAAACAUAAGCAUUGAAGAUCCUGAAGUAAAAGUUAUAUGCCUACAACUUGACAAAGGAAGGUAUUCUCCCUUGAAAAUAAAAGUUCUCAACAACCUCAUCUUCCUUCUGUUCAUACUGAAUUGAAUUGCACUUGAAUCCAUGCAAUCACAAUAGCUGGGAGUACCAGACAACACUAGUUGUACUGCUAAUUACCUAUUGUGCCUCAAACAUUCUCCUCCCUUCUAUCAGCUCUAAUAAUCAAGAGAUCUUAGACCUCACAUGAUGGACUUCAGAUACAGUAAGCAAAACUUCCCUCAUACACUAUUUCCUCCCUUCCAGUCAAUGCAUUUUCUCUUCCAGAAAUUGAACAGAAAAUGUACUGGAGAUAAUCCCCCUAUAAAAAUUGUGGCAUUAUUCAAAAUGAUAAUAUUGAUGUCAGAAGUAAAGCAACAUUUUUUUUUUUUUAAAAUAAGA